CAACGGCGACCGUCCGAAGUGCAUAAGUCCAACAGUACUGGUCAUUAGCGAAAAAGAAUAUACCUUUUGAGACAGCCGGAAAAUUGGCGCCUGCCAGGUAACCGUAACGCCGAGAACUGUUAGAAUUGGUUGAAAAUGUCGCAGCAGUACGUUGACGCUUAUUUCAACACCCGAAAACGGACAGCUGCCGAAGACGUUAGGAGCAGGACAAAAGUCCUGAUCCUCGACGAUGAUCAGGCUACGAACGUGGUGAGCAAUCUGGACGACUGUAAUGUCGAUGAGGCAAAAAACCUCGGCUCGUUAGCCUCUCCGGCCCUCCAGGACGACGAUUCUAACCCCAAAAUGAGUCCGAAGAUCAUUUUCGCGAACGCGGACACCAAGCAGUCCGAGGGCUGCGAGAUUCGCACCAGUGUUGUUCGCCCAAAUCGCAUUGUACGAAACAUUCAGUUUGAUUCGGUGAAGGCUGGAAGCACCAAGAGUCCGAGAUCCAGUUCGCGAAACCGUGGCGGUCCUCGUUCCAAAAAAACAUCAACCCAGGAAGGCCAGUCGGACAUCCGCGACACCUUUUUGAAGCUGAGCAAAGACGGAGGCGAAACCAAACCAAAGAGCAAUGUUGUCUUCGAGAAGAAGGGCCUUCUCAGUCCGACCAAAAAGGGACCUUCGACGCCUCAAAAAACUCCUCAACAUUCCGCUAUACAGAAGGUCACCAACACCAAGGCUUACGAGGCAGCCGAAGAACAACCGGCGGCUGGAUCCGUGACUCCUAAAAAAUUAUCCACAAUGGACGUCUUGGCACAGAAGGAACUCAGUCUUGGAGAAAUUAAAAACCGAAUUAACCGGUCAUCUAGACUUGCAGAGCUCAAAGCUUCCAUUGCCAAGAUCAACAAGUGUGCUGCAAAGCUUGAUGCGAUUCAGGCUAAAAAACCUCAAAUCCGGAAGUUUGAGAAUAUUGAAGUAGAGGUUCCUGUUAGUCCGCAAAAAGCGAUGAUGUCUCCAAAGAAGAACGUCUUAACCCCGACGAAAAACAUUGAGCUCCCAAAGAACGCUAGCCCUCAAAAGCGACUAUUGUUCACUCCUAAAGAGAAUUCGUGCAGUCCUAGUAAAAGCAGCCCUACUAAGCAAGCUGCCUAUCAAAAAUACCAAUCCUUGGUUGAAUCUGGAACACCGGCUCUGGUGCUGCCUUACAAUUAUCGCCUUUUGGCCGAAGCCUUUAGAUGUGUUGAUACCGUUGCUUCAUUGCUGUUCAAUCGAAAAGAAAUUAUAACAUUCAAGAAGCUGAAACCAGCAGUACAGGAAUUACUGAGGCGCAAUUUUACGAUGGAUCAUUUGGCGCAGAUUAAAACCGUGUAUCCAAAUGCCUUUGUGUUUAAUCAGGAGAAGUUACACAACUUUGGUUCUUCCUCUAAGCAGGACAAGUACGAACUUGUUAUAACACCCAUGGUUGAACCAAAGAAUGGGAGAAACACACCAGAUGCCGAUAAUGUUCUCAAGUCUGCCUCAGAAAUGAGCAUGUGCCCAACGGUCUUACUGCAACGUCGAAGAAUCUUCUACAAUACGCUUUUAGAUCUAGUCAAGGAUCGUCAUGAGAAAUAUCUUCUGUCUUUGAAGCCUCCAAUGGUUAUUCCAAAGGAGAAGUUAACCAGAUGGCAUCCAGAAUUUGAUGUGGAAAGCUGCGCUGCUAUUGAAAAAUCCGAAUUGCCGCAACCUCCUAACAUUGAGAAAUUUACAACUGCCAAAGACGUGCUUCAAAAAGCCAAGGACAUGUUCAACUGCAACACGCGUAUGGAAAAGGCUCUGCAGAGGUUGGCAGAGGCCAAAAUGACAUCCAGAUCCGGUUCGCCCAGCUCCACCCUGAAUGUCGAUGCAUCAACUCAGAUUAACGAUCAAGAAAUGAGGAAAGUUGACAUUUCUAUUGUCGAUACACCACCUGCUACUCCUACUACACAGAACAGUUACCUUAGCGCAGCUUUCAAGGGUAUUCCAAAAGCGCUUCUUGAAAAGGUUCGCGCGAAGCAGGCAGCUAAGGCAUUGGAAUCAAUGACGAGAACGUCGAACGCGGACAAAGAGGCAACUCAAUAUUCGCGGUUGCCAGAGCUGUCCAGAAUUCUGCGGAAUAUUUUUGUCGCCGAAAAGAAGGGUGUUUUACCCAUGGAAUUUGUUAUCAAGAAGCUCGAUAAUUCUUACCGGGCAAAAUUGACCCCCAACGAGCUGGAGAAUCUUAUCAAACUAAUGUGCCAGCUCCUUCCUGUUUGGGCAAGUAUUCAAAAGGUGCAAAAAAUUAAUUAUCUGAAAUUGACCAGAGAUAUCGACGUCAACAAAGUUGUUAGAAGAUUUGAAAUAAUGGCCAACAAUAAAGUGAACGCUUCUUAACAGUGGUAAAAAUUGCUAUUUUAAUAGAAAUAUAAUCGACUUGAAUAGGGAAUUUGAAUAUAAUCAUUGUUCAGUGUACAACAGCUUCAGCUGUGCAAUAUGAAGAAUGGAGAAGCUCAUUUAUCAUACCAAAUCGGUUCAAUGACUUGAAGACUUACGGAACAGAUUUUUUCAUGCGGGAUUUGCGAUUUACACACAGAAGUUAGAUUUAAUUUUUAAAAAACCUUUGACUUACCUUUUUCCAUUCACGUUUCAUACUGUUUUCUUUUACCCAUGUUCAGGCGCAAUAGAUGCCCAACAAGUGAUUCUGAGAUAAGUCUGGGAUACAUUUCUUACUCGCUUUUGAAAAAUCUCAUAGUUUUGUCAAAUAUUCUCUCAUGAUUGGUAAUUUACGAAUGCUCACCUUAUCGCUUAUACAAUGUUUGUCAAUUUUGGGACGAUAUUUUAUUAAUCCAUGUCAGAGUACAAAUUAUCUUCUCUCCGUCUAGAUAGCAGUCAUGAUCUAGCAUUCGCUAUUUCUUCUUCUUCAUGCGACUGAUGAUUCCAGUUCACAUUCCACAUAUUCACUCUUUGUUUGUGUUAUAUGAUUGCCAAUAAUAAUCUUUUCGUUCUUUCCUUGAGUUCGAAUCCAUUUGAGUGCCUGAAUAAUUAUCCUGCCUGAUGCAUCAUUUUAAAAUGACGAUUGGUAUUGCAUUUUUUCGUGUAUUGUUUACACACAUUUUGAUUAUUCACAUUAUUCAAAAAGAAGGAGAAUGGUGUAUUUGUCCGAUUCGCUAUUUGAUAUUUCUAGACACAUGUCAAAUUUGUCUAUCUUUACUUAUAGUUUAUUUUUAUACUGAGUUAAGAAGUAGUAUUACACCUGAGUUCAGAAUUACUUCGACUGUGGCAUUGAUAACUCGAGUAACUUGUAUGUACCUAUGUUUAAUAUUAGAUCUCUACCGAAAAAUUGCAAAUUAAAGACUGCGAUUAUCCAAAUAAAGAAUCAUUAGUUACGAGGAUUGAUAUGAAAUCCAGUAAUAAGAUAUAAGCGAGGAAAAUAAAACUUCAAAAAUUAGUUAUAGUUUUCACUACCACAAGAUUGUUUUUCGGUAUUGUACGUCGCGUUAGAAGAUGCGUCUUCCUAUAUACUAUAUACUACCUAUAUAAUAAGCAAUAGUAUUCGUAUUUAAUACGUGAUGUGAUGUAUGAAUUUGUCUUUACUUAAAAUUUUUUGCAUCGUCCAAAUUCGAUUGAUUAUGAUCACGCGAUUACGCGGAAAGACCUGCACAAUUAAUUUCUAGAAAUUUUCUGGGCGCAUGUAAAUCGAGGUUAGUUAUAUCUAAAUAUUUAUAUGUAUACCAUUAUUGAAGCAAUUAUGUCUUCGGCUUGAACUGAAUUUUUUCUG